AUGGCUCCAACUGUUCGCGUAAGUAUUUUCUCUCGUUUCGGGAGAAAAAUAAUAGUACGUGUUCGUACUGUCAUUAGUGCACGCCUUGCUGUUUGUGUUUAUAAAAUGGGUCAUGUAAGUACCAUCGAGAUUAGAAGGGUCAGUGUGAAACAUAAAUGACUGCUUAUGUUUGGCGUUAAAAUAAAGAAAAAGUUUGACUAGGCUUAACGUGUAACGUUAGCGUUACUUCCGAUGUUUUAACAGGGCCCCCAAAAAACUUGAUUUCCAGCUUGUCCUUUUGGCAAGCAGCUCUCAUAUUUUGCUUACCUGAGGCCACUUCUUGCUGGUCUUGAUUAAUGAUUUUGUUUGAGGUUGACUUGCCUGAACCCUUGCUCAUCGGGCAAGCAAGCUUUAAAAGUUAGUUGCCCAGCAAGAAAAUCGUCUUGUACUGGACUACAGGACAGGGUUUUUGUUAGCUGUGCAUUAAGUAUUAAAUAGCCUGUGAGCAAGCUCUCCGGGGCACUCUAGCAGCGGGACAGGAAAAGUGAAGGAGAGCUUGCAGCUACAUCUUUGGAAUUUGAAUAUCUGCAUCCAAAAAGUCUGUGUAAAAUGUUGAUUAGCGGAGAUGACAUUAGUAAUGACGUCAUUACCCUUAGUACAUGUUUUUCUAUGUUUGUUUACAUACGUACUCAUUUCCACUUCACGCUGAUUGGCGGAAAUCUGACGGGUCAGUUGAUUGGGAGCCACAGAGACGAAGUUGGAAGCUCUCCUUCCUUUUCCCACCCAGCCACCAGAGUGCCUCAGAGAGCUUGCUCGCAAGCUAUGAAAUAUGCAAUAAGGAAUAAGACCAACAAUUCAUUACUUGACACCAUAAAGAGUUUACACUGAUUGUUUUUCAUCCUAUCCCUACUAUUAUCCCCUAGUUGUUAAAAGGGAAACAGUUCCCCCAGAAUGGGAGAAACAAAAUACUACACCAUCCUUCCUGAAAUAAUAGCACCCCUUGGGCUGACAGUGCUUGAAACUAACUUUUUUAGUCAGUUGUCCCGGGACUAGUAGUAGGUAGCAUCUACUAGUCCUGAAGGCAAUUCUACUAGUCCUGUCUGCCAUCCAUCAUCUGGUCACAAACAUGUAAUUCACAUUAAAAACCAUAGUAAAGCAUGACUCACUUUUUUAAUUAUAAUGAUAGACACUAAUGAAAAGUAUACAUUGUAAUUUGUCUUUUAUCUUGAGUUUCUAUGGCUAAAAGAAAAUAUUUAUUGCUUUCUUUGCGGAAAGACGAAUUUUUGUUUUUCCUGUUUGGCAAAUUUACACAAUACUGGCAAAACAUUUUUCCCUUCGGUUUCAUUGUAAACUAACCACACAAAAUCAUUUUUCCAAGCUGGUUUGAAGUCUCUAUCCUUCUUUGCCUUUUUCACUCCUGUUGGCUGGGAAUCACCUGUAUUAGCGUUUUCUUCAUCUUUCCUUUCUUCAUCUUCCCUGCCCCUUUUGAAAUGGCAUAACAAAAUCCCAGCGCGAGAGGCCGCGUUUUUCACGAUGUUUUUCGGAGUUUCAUGAAGUUUACACAAUUUGCAGCAGCGUGGACUGAGAACCAAAUGUGGCCCAUUCCCUCACUGUUUACAAAAUGGUGAUUGUAACGUGGAAGUUAUGAGCGUAAACAACGUAAUUGAAAGAACAAUUUUAAAAAUAUUACGUGCUGAUUUAACACAAUGUGAAACCAAGAUCCCCAAGCUAAAACUUCCACUUGCCAUGAGAACGACUAACUCAAAAUUUUACUCGUUUUUUGGCUAAUUUUACUCGUUUUAGACGAGUAAAGGACCGUCAGUUUCGAGCAGUGGCUGAUGAGUCAUCGCCCAUCAGGAAGUUAGGGUGUAGAAAAGGGUGUCAUGAAUUACCAGUGAGGUGGGAGAGGGGUCUUGAAUAUGGUUAUAAAUUUAGGAGACUGAAUGUUGUUUAGUAUAAAGUAAUGGAUUCAAAGGACCAGCAGCACUUGUCCCACUACCCACAUGUUAUUUCUUGAGCAAAGAAUUCAUGAUCCUCUAGGGUUUUCAGGGCUGUCAUUAGGGACUUACCGAUACCAUCACAAUGACAAAGACAACAUCAAAAAGCAGUAGGUUGAAUAGGCAAAACAACAACUUUGCACAUGUAUCAUGCUUUUUUUGUAUAUUUCUUUGCUGUCACUGCACAACUACGACGGGAAAAUGCCUAAUUUCACGUUUUCUGGGCUACGUAUAAAAACAAGCGAUGGCUAAAUUUUCUUUUUCUUUCUGUUAGUGAAUAUAGUAAUUUGGCUCAAAAAGAGUUUGCAUUUGAGCUUGCAUUUGACAAAGUAAAUAAGUUGAAGUAAUCAGUGUCGAGAUUGGAAGAACACAAAUUCACUUUUUAAGUGACAUUUUCAUUGCCGUGGCCGUGGCUGUUGUGGUAUCUUAAACUCCCUAUCACUGGCUGGGGCCAGGGAUUUUACCUAGCUACUAUUAAUGUGACCCCCAACUUUAGAAGGAAAAUGGAAGACAAAUAGAACCAAACAAUAUCCGUAGCUGUUUGAUUCCCCGCCUACUUGUAGCAUUUACCCGGCACCUUAAAAUUUUAAUGACAGCCCUGAGUUUUGCAAAACUUUUUCCAUUGAGUUAUUCCUUGUAAAUUCCCACCAAGAGAAGGAAACAAGGUAACAAAAGUUGAGGGGAACAUGAGAGGAACAAAAUGGUUAAAGCUAAGAGGGGCACUGAUCAUUUUUUCCAAAGCUAUCUUGAAGUUUUCACUUCUGUCAUGCCUAAAGUUUGAAAGGUGUUAGUAAUAAAUAAGCACCAGGAUCGAACGCCAGCACCAUGCUUGACUUGUUAAGUACAAUUUGGGUUGUUUAACGUUUUUGCCCACUUGACAGAUAGUGACCAGAAAUUCACAGGACUAGCUUUAAACAGCAUUUUUUUGGCAAAAUGUGACAUCUUGAAAGGGCUUAACUGAUUGUAUAGCUUGAUAACAACCUGAUAAAAAUGAUAAUUAUCUUUCAAUCUGUACUUGCCCACAGCCUACACCUACGAACAGUACUUCUGAUGAGGGCUUGCCAACGGCUGCUAUUGUGAUGAUUGGUGUUGGAGCCUACCUUGUACUUGUUAUGAUUUUUCUCGUCAUCAGACAGUGUUUAAAGGUUUGUUUUGAUGAGAUGCUGUUCAUCAUAGUGUGCGUCACAGACGAAACUACACCUCCUGUUUAACCCUUUAAGCCCUAAGAGUGAUCAGCAUCAAAUUUCUCUGUGUAAUAUCAAUGCUUUGUAAAACAGAGUGGUCAUGAGAAUUAAGGAGAUGAUCACACAAGAUGAAUUUACUUAAUGUUUUGCCAACUUCUCCUACUACUUCUAUGGGAAAUGAAUAGGGGCAACAAAUGAGAAUUUCAGUUUUGAUCCCAGGGUUUAAAGGGUUAAGUCUGUCUGUGAAACAGUACAGAAAUCCUUGUUCUGGGCCCCCACCUGUGUACCAGGGAUUGAGCGCACACCAUGAUUGGCCACUUAAAAAAUCCAUUGUUUAUUUGCAAUCAGGUUGAAGGGAAAUAAGAAACACACUUCUGGUAAUUCAUGAGUUCAUUGGGGUUCCAGAAUAAGGAUCUUAAUAUUGGUGCUGCCUCUCAGACAUUGCUAACAGGGGUUAGAUAACAUCUGCUACUCAGGCUAGCUCUUUAUAGUCUUAUCUGCUUUGAAGGGAUGGUUGAACCCGCACCCCUGCUCCACCCUAAGGUCUUAUGAUUAUGAUGAUGCAGUCUCUUAAUUCAAGAUUUUUCAAAAGAACAUACAAGGCUGGGCUCAAUUUCUACCAUUUUCUAAAGGGUCACAGGUACUUCUUCUUCUAAAGUUCUUUUAAGUUUUGCAGAGGAACACAUCCCACAUCCCAAUAAUGAAAUCAACAGCCCAGUCAACAUGUUUUACAAUAGUUAGACAAGAUAGCCACCAACAGUAGCAGGUGGCAAGGCCUAAAUUUGUGUGGUUUUUAUUCAAUAUUACUAUACAAUCAUGUAAAAUGUUACGUAGAGGGCAAAUAUCCCAUUUAGAGCAGCAGAAUUGCUUGCUGGUGGGUCAUUUUGACUGUGCUGAAUCAACCUUCAGCCUUGCUAAUGGAAUUUCCAGACCUGGUGAAAACAUUCAAACCAAAAUUGGUCUGUAGGCUAGACCUGACAUAAUAGAUGUUUAAAAAAACAGUAUUUAUCAUAAAUUGUUUUUGUGAAAAAAAUAAUUAGAAUUAAUGUUUAUUGGAAAAAACAAAUUACACAAAGCAGAAGUACUAUAGAAGAAGUUGAACCCUUGUAUAAUCACACAAUAAGAUUAUUACACAGGCUUAACAGUAUCAGCUGAUACAGGGUUACAUGACUAAACCAGUAAUUAAUGUUUAAAAAAAAUGUAUUUGUUGGUAGUCUCAAGGAAUAAGCAUUUGUCCAGCUUGGGUGUCAGAAAUGUGUUGUGGAUCAUGUUGUGGAAGUGAAGAUGACACAGAACGAUGUUGCGUUUGCAGUUGCUUUCUACCAGUUGCAGAAAUGUGUGAUUGCUCAACACCAAGUAAAAAGUCUUGUAUGGAUUCUGUGUGUCCCACAAAACAGGUAGUAGAUGAACUAGUGACCAUGAUCAUAAUUAUAUAAUAAAAUUAUCUGUAUAUUACAUAUCUAACUGAAUUUAAUGAAAACUGCACCAACUGGCAACUCAAGGCCAAACAGCUUAACUUGACUUAAAUAAAGUAAAUAUUGUAUAUAAACUCAGCUCUUACCAAUAAGCCUUCUAAGGUGACUCUCGUCUUGGUUCCUGAUUAGCAAAGAAUAUUCAACUCCAUCAAAAAGACACUCUCAACCUGGUCAUCUCUAGCUGCUUUAAGGCUCUACACAGCAGACACAGCUUGAGUCUUGAGCUAGCCUUUAACAGAGCAUUCAAGGCCAUAUCACCCCCCGCUGACCUGACACAGCCUUGCAGCCAAGCACUUGGUUGAGGGGAAUCCUUUCAUUGGCCAAUCGGCCUGACAAACUUAAAGCAGACACAUGAUCAGUGAACCUAGUCUCCACAGAGACAAACAAACCACGCCACGCUUUUACAGCACCCUCCCCCAUUAGGGAUUGAUAUGGACAACCCUUCCCACCCCAUGGCAAAUAAGCUCAGGGACUGUGCUUGACAAUGAGACCAACCAAGACAGCAAGCCCCCUAAAAAAUUCUCAUGCCAGUCACCAGAAACCUGGCUAUUGCCAGGUUCCCAAAAAUUUGGCUUCUGGUAAAUAUAUAUAUAUAUUUUUGUAUUAAACCUCUCUUUGGGGGUUUAAUUUAUUCAGUGUUUUUGAACUCACCCUCUGGUAGUCUCGGUAAUAUACAGGCAUUCAUCUUUAUAAUUUGCGGAGAGCACUAGACUGGGUGCCGAUUAGAGGCUGCAGCUUAAUUUUUAUAUUCCUGUGAAUGGGGAAAAAUCAUUGCUGGGACAUACUGUAUUUAAGUAUGUCCCAUAUCAAGCUUUAAUAAUAUUAUAUAUACUAUCAUUAUGCUGUUUGACUUCUCAUACCAUUGUGGAAGUCCUUUCUAGACAUUUACAGAUUACAUGUCUCUUCCAGCACAAAGCUUUGCAAAGCACCUUCUCCUUUUCGUCAGUGGUCAAAGAAUAAUUUAACCCAAAAGUCCAAAUUUUACCACUCUGGGCAAGGAAUUCAGAAAAGUUUAAGGAACAUUAUUUUGGUUAUAUGAGCGAUUGUUUUUAAACAGUGGGCUAACUAGUAACUGUUAAUCUAUAAUUAAAUGCUUAAGUCUUUUAGCUCGUAACUAAUAAAGCUGACCAUAUUCCAUUUUGUGCCUUUUAAGUGGUGCGAUAACACCUUCUGUUGUUGUAUGAAUGCGGAGCCUGGUGGAGCCAUGUGUCAGGACUGCAAUGGACCAGAGUGCGCGGUAUGCAAAUGUACUUGUACUUUGUACAUCAUUUGAAUAUUAACUUGUACUUAAGUUUUCAACUAGAAUACAAUAGACUCAAGAUGCAGUUGCCAAAACACUGUGAAGUGAAACUGUGUAAAACUUGUUUGAUCGUUACUUAAUUAUUAUAAUGAGUUGCAUAUAUGUCAAACCAAAAAUAAGAAAUGUAAUCCUUUCCCUGUAGCCACCUGUAACUUGAACUAAUGCUCAUUUUCCUUGGAUGUUCGGUCAGCAAUUUAAAAGUGCAAGCCAGUGCUCUAAAAAUAUUGUAGUGACCUUUCUGCUCUGAGCCUGUGAAAUCCAGUAUUUGCUGAAACUAAGAUUAAUGCAUGUAUGCUAAAUCCAAGAUCCUAGUCACCCAAGAACAAAAGUAAGAUGUCAGAGUCCACUGGGCACUGCUGGAGCACGGCGCUGAAUUUCCUCUUCAGUUUUUAGCUGGUCAUGAAAUAAUAAUUGUGGUUUUACAAUAAUGAGCCUCCUGUAUUAUUUGAUAACCCAAAAUGUCAAGAUGAUACAUGUGUGAUCACUUAGAGAGGCUACAGUAGUAGUGGUUUGAAUGGGAAGACCUUUUUCUGGUAUUUUCCAGGGUAGGUCUUUGCUUAUAAGCCUGCAUUGCAGACGUAAUCUGACCCUGUCUAGGAUCGUGUGUGGAGCAGCACCAAGAUCUUUGUUUUGGGGGCCCGAUGGCCUCAACGAAAUACUAGAAGUGUGUUUUGAAUUUCCCAUCUACCUGACUGGCUAAUCAACAAUGGCUUUUUUAACCCUUUAAACCCUAAGAUCAAAAUUUGAAUUUUCAUUUGUUGUCACUAUUCGCUUCCUACAGCAGGAGUGGGGCGAACUUGAUAAAAUAUCAAGCAAAUUCAUCAUGUGUGAUCAGGUCUGUAAUUCUCAUGACCACUCUGUUUUACAAAGCAUUGAUAUUACAAGGAGAAAUUUGAUGCUGGUCUUUCUUAGGGCUUAAAGGGUUGACAGACCAAAUCAGGGCCCAGAGCAAGGAUUUUAGUGCUGGCUCCCAGGCAGACUUAAACAGGGUUUAGUUUUACCUGUGGCACAGGCAAGUCUGUUAUAGAAGGUGUACGUUAUGGAGGUUUGACUAAAUAUUAUGAUCGUUUACCUGUUAACUUAUUUAUUUCAUUGGUAUUUUUUAGUUGGGUGACUGCAACUGUGCAUGCAACUGUGCUGUUCCCGAGUGUGAUUCAAUCAACUGUAUUUGCUUCAAAAUUGACCUAUCAGGAGGUCAGGCUGGAAUGCGACAGCAACAAGAAUCAAUGAGACUUCAGCAGCAGAUACAGCAACUGCAACAGCUGCAAAUGCAACAGCAACAAUUUCAACUACAGCAACAGCAAAUGGGUUACCCAUCGGGCUACCCUAGAUAA